GGAAAAAAAAAACGUAUCUAUCUACCCCUGUUCACUUGCAACUAUGUGCUUAGGGUCUGGCAUUCACCCACGUGUCAUUAGGUGUUAAUAACGUUAACAGCGACCCCGUGUAGCCCCUGACUAAUAAAUAACACACUCCCUGGAUCUAGUCUGAGAUCCUCGAGGCACCAUCUUAGCAAAUACUUCCUGUCGGCUUCAGCUUUCCUGUUGCUCUCAAUCUUAUGCAUCACACUUGUGGCAUGACUCUGUUGUAAUGAACUCCCAGUAAGACGAGUAAGACGAUCACAUGUGUAGCCCAUUAUCUUCAUCUUGAUCUGUUAUUGAUCUAAAAUCACGUUUUGUGUGGCAAACCAAGCUUAACCAAGUAAAAAUCAAUUUUUUGUUAUAUUGCCUUUAGUAUGUUGUUAGUUUUAAUGCAUUCAUUUGACAGUUAUACUUCAUUAACCCAUCCUCUUGCCAUUAUUAGCGGUCCCACGCCCAAAAUUCAUCCAUCCUGACGUUUCUUGAACAUCAUUUUCCGACCAUCAGAGCAAUCUUGUUUAGGCUCCUUCAUCAUGGAUGUCACAUUUUCCUGGUGCACAGAACAAUGUGCCCUGUGAAAGAAAGUUUAGGAACAAUGAAUCAGGAUAGGUUAAUAUUUUUUGUCCGUAAUUUAUUAAUCGAAAUAAAUCCCAGCCCUAAUACCAGUACAGGUCGCCCACGAUGCUGCUUUAACCUCAGCCGUCCUUUCAGAUGUCAUACUGUUCUGUUUGUUACAGUUUUAAAAGUGACUUAUGAAACAUGUGGUUGUCAUAGCAACUGUCAUUGUGACUCAUUGUUGGUCAAGUGUUGAACUCCUCACCUCCUCUAUCCUAUUUCAAACUUGAAAGUGUCGCUAGCUUUCUCAUUCUUCAUGGCGCUCCUCCUAAAUUCAACCUGACAUUAAGGAAUAAAAGAACUCAGCCUCCACCCCAUGGUUGGGCCUUUUCUUUAAACAGAGUGGUAGGCUCAAGGCUUCUUGGUCACACAACAUCACAAGCAUUAGCACGUCUAUGCUAAGGUUUCAAUUAAGGAAAUGAAAAGGAUCACAUCGCAGAAGCUACUCAUAGCUUUGUAUUUGGAAUAUUAGACACAGCCACAUGACAAAACAUCACCAGACCACCCACUUAUUGAAAACUCAGAAAUGGAUCACAUGCUCAGCUGCUGCAGUUUGUUCGAGGUGAAGAACAAUAGUUGAAAGUAGCAACAGAUGUCUUUUUUUUUCAACUGAAACCUUAAAGUUUGAUAGAUAAAUGGAAAACAAUGGCAAUUGCAGACUUCCAAAUGCUCUUACUGAGAACCCAGUUUCUUAUUAAAACAACAAAGAAAAAUAAAAUCAUCAUCCAAAAACUGAUAGUUGGGAUUUCACAUCAUUGUGGAUGGGUCUUUGUUUUUGCAGUGUACAGCCUCCUAUACAUAGAACCAAGAGGAUGUUGAUUUUGUGAUGAGUAAUGCCCUUCCAGGAACUGCUGACUCACACAUUGGUCACUACUUGAGUUUUGAUAAUGCUGACUCACCCAGGUGUCAGGAUAAAACAGGAUAAAAAGAUACUCGCCUUAUAGUGUUCAUCUGAACGUAUAUGAAUUCUCAGCUCUCCCCAAACGAAGGUCAGGUCAUGGCACGAUGCUGCAAGCUGCUUUUAAUUAGUGUUCACCUUUUGACGAGGGGGGAUCCUGUUGUUUCUAAAUACACCUAACCCAGCGUGUUAAUUUGGGAGUGUUCAAAAUACUUUCCUUCCUCUGCCAACCUCAGACCACAUGCAGAUGCCGGUACAGUUCACACAACCUGUGUUUAUCAGCCGAACCGCACACACGCAGCUAAUGCCUCAUUAGUAUGUUAUGAGUCAUUUAGGCAGAGAUUAUGUGGUCUGUGCAUCGAGGGAGUGACUUCAGGCCAAAAGCUGAACAGCCUCUGUCAAGUUUAAAUGAAACAGCUUUCAAAUUAACAUCCUUCCAAGCACUUAAAAUAACAAAAUAGAGAAUUCCCAUCGUGUGUAUGCGCGUCUCCACGACUACGUUUAGGGAAGCAGACUUGGACCCAAGUGGAACAAUUGGCUUUGAGACACAAAGGUCCCGUUUUUAUGGUGAAUAAUGGCUGACAUCACUAAUCCCCGCGGCCACCCGGGAGAGACACUCUAUCAGAUCUGACCUUUCGACUCUGACCUUUUUGUUGGCGUCCAGAUCUGAUAGAAUAAUGUCACAGGUGAGGGUCGACACACAUGAGCGCCCAAUUGUUCACGACUAACUCCCAUUAUGUAAUUUGGAUUAUUCUAUUCAAGUCAAACACUUUUUUUUGGUGUUGGCUCUGGCCAUGUUUACUACCUUGCAUUGAUUCUGAACAGCAGCAGGUCUGUGCUGCUCUGCCGGUCUCGUGCGCUCUUAUCACCACCGUUCUGGUCCUGAUGUAGCCACACACACUCAACAUCUCCCCCACCUGUUAUAUUUAGCACCAUGGUUCAUUAGCACUUUACACUCAGUUGAGAAUGUGCGGUGCGGCAAAGGGGAAAAUGUUGCUGCCCACAGUACAUAAACAAAUAUGUCUCCGCAGCGUUCCUUGCCCUCAUUCACUUUCCUCCCUCUCAGACCUCAAUCCAUUGUUUUCUCAGGCUGUUAAAAUUCCUGGACUGUGACUUCUUCCUCUCUCCAUACCGUCUAUUCCCCAUCCCCUUCCAUAUCCUGUCAUAGUUGAGUCGUCUUGUUUGUUUCUUUUGUCUGCUUCACGAUGGUUGAAUGAACUUUCCUCUGAAAGUGUGCGGAGAAGAGAUGUGUGUGUGCGUGCCAGCUGAUGGAACCACACGCUACCUUUUACUGUAACAAGAACCAGACAGGGAUCCGGCUAAACAAAGUGGGCGCACUUCAAUUCCUGCUGCCGCAAAAAGCUUCUCACCCCCUCCCUCGGUGCUCCUCCCCGACUCCUCUUUAUACUUACACACACACACACACCUUCCAACCACAGAGCUGAGGAAACACAGUCCCCCGGGAUGGAGGAGGGGUCAGGAGGAGGGGAGACGUGAGUGCCCCCUCCCUUCCGAGCCCUCCCAGUGAAAUUACUGGAGCCGGGGAAACCUAACUUUACACACUUUCUCCAACACACAUGCCUGCAGAUGGUGAACACCCACCAGCUCAAAACAUUUUGUUCCCCUACGCCAGGGAGGAUUUAAGAUACACACACGCUGUGGAGUUAAUCUUGAGGGGGGGAAACUCUCUAACCCAGUCGGUUUGGCCUCAUAAGAGCUGAUCGUUCUCAAAUGAACAGUGGGACAAAGAAAAAAGGAGCCAGGAAAAGGAAAAACAGCCGGCAUUUUCUGAAAGUCACUGGCUUUCCAGUGUGAGAGCAUCAAGGAGACUGAUCUGCUGUGGAUUUGGUCAAAGCACCUGGAUUCUUUUAUAUACCGUCGGUGUUUCAAUGGCGCCAACUGGAGAACCUCUACUUCAGAGAGAAGAAGUUUUCCGUGGAAGUUCAUGACCCGAGAAGUAGGGCGUCGGUGACAAGGAGGACGUUUGGCCACAGUGGCAUCGCAGUGCACACCUGGUACGCCUGUCCUGCUCUCAUCAAAUCAAUAUGGGCCAUGGCCAUCAGCCAGCAUCAGUUUUAUCUGGACCGGAAGCAGAGCAAGUCUAAGAUCCAUGCAGCGCGGAGUUUGAGUGAAAUUGCCAUCGACUUGACGGAAACGGGAACUUUGAAGACGUCCAAACUGGCCAACAUGGGCAGCAAAGGGAAGAUUAUCAGCGGUAGCAGUGGAAGUCUGCUGUCCUCAGGCUCUCAGGAAUCAGACAGCUCGCAAACGGCAAAGAAGGACAUGCUGGCAGCUCUGAGAGCCCGGCAGGAAGCUCUGGAGGAAACGCUACGACAGAGAUUAGAAGAGCUCAAGAGCAUCUGCAUCAGAGAAGCGGAAUUAACCGGAAAGCUUCCCAAAGAAUACCCACUGGACCCGGGAGAGGAGCCGCCCACAGUGAGACGGAAGAUCGGCACAGCCUUCAAACUGGAUGAGCAGAAAAUUCUUCCCAAGGGAGAGGAAGAGGAGCUGGAGCGUUUGGAGCGUGAGUUCGCCAUUCAGUCCCAAAUAACAGAGGCAGCCAGGCGUCUUGCCAGCGACCCACACGUCAGCAGCAAGAAGCUGAAGAAACAGAGGAAGACUUCCUACCUGAACGCACUGAAGAAGCUCCAAGAAAUUGAAAACUCCAUCAAUGAGUACCGAGUCCGCUCCGGCAAAAAGCCAACGCAGAGGGCAUCGCUUAUUAUAGAAGAAGCCAAUAUUGGCUCUGAAGACAGCUCAUUAUCGGAUGCCCUGGUCCUGGACGAUGAUGAUCCACAAAAUACAGGCACGCCAACCUUCUCUCCAAUAGCAUCCCCUCACAAAGGCCUCCCUCCUCGGCCACCCUCUCACAGUCGCCCCCCUCCACCACAGUCCCUGGAUGGCCUGCGGCACCUGCACUACUCUCGUUCCGAAUACGAUAAAUCCCCCAUUAAGCCCAAGAUGUGGAGUGAGUCCUCACUAGAUGAACCGUAUGAGAAAGUGAAGAAGCGGUCCUCUCACUCCAGUCACCGGCGAUUCCCAAGCUCUGGCAGUGCAGACGCUGGCGGGAGUAACUCACUUCAGAGCAGCCCCAUCCGAAGCCUCCCUCACUGGAGUUCCCAGUCCAGCAUGCCGUCGACCCCUGACAUGAGGACAAGGACUCCUCACUACGUGCAUUCCACAAGGUCAGUUGACAUCAGUCCCACACGUCUGCACAGCCUCGCUCAGCACUUUAGAAACCGCAGCUCCAGCCUCGAGUCUCAGGGCAAACUCUUGGCGUCCGACCCAGACACGCAACCGCACAACCUCGGCACACUGGGCAGCCCUGACUUCUUCUUGGGUCCACCACGUAGCUCUAAUGGGUCUGACCCCUUGGACGACUGCUCCUCCUGCACCAGCCACAGCAGCUCGGAGCAUUAUUACCCCUCUGGCGGGCCGUUGGCCCCUGGCAGCAACCACAACUACUCCACCCUGGGAGAGGACUCGCCCUCGAAGGCUCGGCAGAGGCAGCGGCAAAGGCACAGGUCUGCCGGUCACCUGGGGUCAUCAAACUCAGGGUCAAUGCCAAAUCUGGCAGCUAAAAACGGCUCAGUCGGCGGUUCAGGAGGAGGCGGAAUAGGAAGUGGACAUCACGGCGUAUACCUUCACAGCCAGAGCCAACCCUCAUCCCAAUAUCGCAUCAAGGAGUACCCUCUCUACGUGGAGGGUAGCCCUAACCCGGUCGUGGUGCGAAGCCUUGAGAGUGACCAGGAAGGACACUACAGCGUCAAGGCCCAGUUCAAGACCUCCAGCUCCUACACAGCUGGAGGACUUUACAAAGAAGCUUGGGGAGGUGAGGAAGGAGGAGAAGGCAGCGGCAGAAUGACGCCGUCUCGCUCUCAAAUCGUACGGACUCCAUCAUUGGGGCGCGAGGGAGGCGGAGGUGGGGGCAGGGCGGCUGUGUCUGAAGAGCUGCGCUGCUGGUACCAGAGGUCGUCUGGGAGCCUGAAGGAGAGAAGUCACUCACACUCGGGAUCCACCUCCUCUGAGACGGGGUCACAGCAAGGAACUUUGGGACACGGUCGGGGGAGCAGAGUGGGAACACUUGCCAAGGGCUCACCAGUGGCAUCUCCGCACAGUCAGAGGAGUAUGACGCCCUCUAGUGAACAGGCAGCCACACCUACGCCCCCCUGCAGCCCGCAACACAUCCUCAACUGGCAGAGCGGGUCUUUCAACGACAGCUGUUUUCUCAGCGGCUCCUUGUGCUCUGAGCUGGCAGAUGUGCAGUGGUACGGACACGACAAGGCCAAACCGGGAACCCUGGUCUGAGACCGUCAACGGGGCCCCCCAAAAAAAACGUCCUUGACCACCCUACUCCCUCCUUCCUCUCCCACCACCACUCACAACUUUCCAUCGACAACCUGCAACCUCAUCCCGAACACCGCCACUCCUCCUCCACGUCCCCCCUCACUCCGCUCAGCUGGACACAGACUCUUGUCGGGCUCUGAUGAGGGCUGACCUCACAAACUCAAAAAGUGCCAAGUCAGCUGUUGAACUUUGCCCAGCGGCACCACAGAGCCCCUUCUUCUUCACUCGCCUCCACAUCAGCACACAAAAGGGUCACAGAUGGAACCAGAGUGAUGGGGAACCAGAUGUUAGAACUAAAUCAAACCCUUCAUGUCACGACGACAACCACCUCUAUUUCCACCACCUGCUGGAUUUGAGCCGCCAGUUUAAAACGUCACUCAAAGGGCAACUUAGACUGUGAUGAACUUCUGAAAGUUAAUGUUGUCGUUUUUUUUCGGUUUUCUCUAAAUAUUUAAACAUAAAAAACAUUAUCCCCCCCCCCAAAAAAAAUCAGGCAUAGAAACACAAAUGUUUCUCUCUGUUAAACCCACAACCAAAGACAAAACACUGGCGAGUUUUGGAUGAGAAGCAAUAACGUUACACUUACAACCAUUGAUUCGGAAUCAUGUUUAAGGAAGGGAUCACAGAUCAGUUGUGGUGUCUCUGAUGAGAAAACUCCUGGAGGACAGGAAUGUUCUCGAUGCUGACCAUGGUUUAGCUCCAUGAUCUUUGUGUUAGUGUCGACCUGACCCCCACUAGCAUGAGUCAGCUAGGAGCUAGUUUGCUCAACACACACCAGUUGUACCAUUUAAUUAUGACCUGCUUCCAAAGUAAGCAACUGAACACCAUCAUCAUGUCUCCAGUUACAUGAAAAGGAAUUAUCAUCACCGUCACUCCCUGUUUGUCAUCGAAUCACGAAUGACUGGUCAAAAUAUGUUGCUAGGUUAGACUGAAAAAUAAGACUUCAUGUCCCCUCAUUCGUACUGUUCAAGCUUCCCUUGAGAAAGAUGGGCUGUAUUGUCACCAACUUCAUAAGAAGUCGAAAAGAAGUCCAUUGACGCAUAAACAGUGUUGACAAUGGAGGAACAACCUGUGCAUGUUUAUUUGGCCAAUUGUCGAGUUAAAGGUCAAGGUCCUUCCUAACCUCACCUUCUCGCCAAACAGCUUUUUCACUUUUAUUUCGGGUGAUAUAGUGCCAAAAUAACAUGGUGCUUCCCUUCCAUGCCAUGUGGAUAGUUAUCCAUCCUGAGGAAUCAUUUGAAAAGCACAACAGGAACGUCGUCGGCCAGGGCUGCGAUUCACAUUGAUGCAAGUUAUUUAAUCUCUAUGACACAAUCACAGAAGAGAGUAGCGUCUCUAAAUGGAGCCAUGCCCCCCCCCUUAAAAAAGAAAGCCAGGAGAGGGUUAGAAAAGCACACGAGAUGUUUCGCUGCCUCACAAUCAAACCAACCUUGCACAAAAUUCUGUAGUUUCCGAAAAGACGCCUGACCUUGGGAGGGAAGCUGUAGCAUUUUUCAUUUACGGUCAAGUCCACCUCCUGCAUGGCCAAAAUAACAAGACGCCUCGGUUCUGUCUCGACCCCAUGCAUGUCCAGUGACGGAUUACAACCACCGAGCAUUUUUUCUCACAGUCGCACGUCUCGCUACGUAGUGUAACCUUGUCCCCUGAAUUUUAAUCUUGUGGAACGUUCGGACCUCUGAGCCUCAAUGUGAUGAAGUGUGACCCCGCCCCCGCGCCCCCCUCUCUGCAUUUCUAACACCAGACUCCCUCUUCUCCAUAGAAGUUUAUGAAGCUGUUUUAUAUAAUUAAUCCAAGAACUUUUAUCAGCCUUCUCCUGUACGUUCGCAGGACCACUGUGGGUUUUUUUGGUGUUUUCAACAUUCACAUACACUUUUAACAACGCUCCUUUUUAUAUAAGCCAGCCUUUCCAUCGUAAUAACCUUUCCAGGUGCUACCAAAUGACCAGUGACUGCUUUUUCCACAUAGAAUAUCGUCAUUGUCAUCAUCCAGAUGUGCAAAUGAAGCCCCCCUCCCCCGCCCCCCGCCUCCCACAGCCCCCCUCGACCAAAUGAUAGAGCAUGUAACUUGAUUUCUAUCGGUUCUGUUCAACUGUAACAAUACAAUAACGUGUUGUAGGUUAAAAAUGUGGAGUUGAAUUGAGGAAAAAAAUAACUUAAUUCCACAGUUAAUUUAUUCUUUUUUCUAAUAAAAAUUUGUAUAGUAACUUUACAUUUUUCAAAACUGUGUUGUUGGAAACCGAUGAUAAAUUUUUCAGAGACGCUGUGGUGGUUCUUGAGAUUAAGGAAAAUAAAUUAUUAAUGAAUGUU